GGAGAUCAACACGUGUAGAAAUGAUACUAUGAAAAUGACCUAACUGAGUUCGAGACUUUACCCCUUUACCGAUCCCUACCCAUCAAAAUAAAAUUAAUCCUCAGAAUCAAUUGAAAAAUGAAGACUCCAUCUCCAACGAAGCACUCGUCCAACAUGUCUCCGAGAUGUUCUCCAACUUCUCCGGAUAAGGGCACCAUCAGACGUCCAGGCAUGAAGUCUCCACCGAUGAAAUUCAGUCAACCCAUGAGGUCCCCCAACCUUCAAAAUCCGUUGACGGUAAUGGGACAUUCCAUGAUAAAUCGCAGUGGAGAUCAAGAGGGUGAACUUAAUCUUGAUUUACGGCUCAUCACUGGGCGCAUGGCUCAGACUCUUCACAGUUACGAGGAUAUCGCCGCCAAACUAUAUUUAGAACACAUUAACGAAGUCGAAGAUCAUUUGGAUGAAAUUGAUAGUCCUAUACUGAAAGUUCAGAUCAAGAGCGUGCUUGAAGAUUAUAAGAGACUGGCAAUAGAACGUGAAAACAUACUUUCUACUCUAGAAAAGUGGUUCGAUAACUGCACAGACGAAUUCAUGGAUGAGCUGGAGGAGUUGGAGUCAUCAUUAGAUUUAGAAGGAGGAGAUAGUCUCUCUGGUCACAUCGAACAGGCAAAAGAUAUCAUAUCUAAGAUUAAAUUUAUCAAUCAUAAGAUAGUGGACUUUCAAAACAAUGGCAUGUCCACCCAAAAACUUAUCGCACAAAAGAAAAAUUUAGAAAGCGAGUUAAUGAAAAAGAAAAUAAUCGUGGAUAAUACCCAGAACGGUACUGAGGUACUUGCUGUUUGGAGAAAUCGGAUCGAUAAUGUGGUGAACAUGAUAAAAGAUAGUGAGGCCUCUGAGAUCGAAAAAGCGUUGUUGGAUAUGCAACUGGCUGAAGCAGUUGAACACAUCAACUCGCAUAUCAUUGCACUGGAGAGAACCACAAAACGCACUGGAGUACUAUUCAGAAAUGUGAAAGAAUUAGAGGCUGUUAAUGACGAACUCGCUAACGAAAACAGCUUUUUAAAGCAGAGGCUUUCAAAAUUGGAUAAGCAAUUUAAGGAAUCAAUGCAUAAAAAGGUUCAAAAGUUGGACAAGGCUCUAGAUGAACUAGGUGAUGUUAAGCAUCUCCAGAACAAUGGACAUGGUGCUAACAGUGACGAUAUCAACCGACAAUUAAGGCGGGGCGGGAUCUCAUUGGAGAUGGAGCUGAUAGAUAACUAUCAGGAGAAAAUCCAUGUCCUCGACGGUGAAAACAAGGAUUUAAUCGCCAAGCUAGAUAAUCUUGAGUUGGAAAAUGAAGAAUAUAAAGAAGAAUUAACAUCCUUGGAAUCAAAAUAUAAAAGCGCGAUAAAAGACCAGGAGAAUAUGAAAAACACGGAAAUUGCUUCACACCACCCUUUAGUCAAACUCGACACUGAUGAUACGUAUUCUCUUGGUGGAUUGUCCUCAACUCUUUUUGGGGACAGCAACUCAUACAAUAAUAAGGGUAGUACUGCAGAAGGUAAGCGGAGGAAUACAAUCGAUGAUAAGAGAAGGGGAUCGGCCAUGGUUUCCAUGAUAACGAUGCAAGAUGGCAAGGAAUUGGAUAAUUUUAAAAAGGAAAACGAUUGUUUAAAAGCACAAUUGAAUAAAACAAAAAAUUCACUUAAUACUGUCAGAAGACAAUCAGUGAGGCCUAGGAUGUCUACAAAAAACACUCAGACCAUAAUGAUAAUUUCAUCCAGCGAAGGUGAAGACAGUGAAGAAAGUUCAAAUGAUGAAUCUCCAAAAGAAGAUCAGCAAAAAACAGAGGUUGUUGAAGAAGAGGUUAUAUCACAAGAGGAAAUUAUUCCCCCCAAGGCAGUCAAACGUAAGACAAAAAAGAAAGUAUCGAAAUUGGUAAAAGAAAAGCAGGAAGACGAAUUUGAUCAGCCACCAAAUACUGAUUCCUCUGAGCUUUCUGAGGAGGAAGAUGCAGUCGAGGAUGAUGAAGGUCCCAAGAUUACCCAGGAAGAAAUCGAUAAACGAAAACAGCAUCGAGCAGAUUCUAUGGUGGCAAGUCUGAAAUCUUUUGUGAGGAAAAAGGAUCGUGAGAAAUUAAGAGCAGAAAGAAUGAAGAAUAAAGAUAAGGGUGCCAAUGAACCCAAGCCACCUUCGGAAAAUAAAAUUGAGUCGCCGCCUGAGGAAUCGUCCGAAUCCGACUCUGAAAUGGAAAUAGAAGAGAAGGCUCAAACACCAGCUGAUCUUGCAGCUGAAAGAAAAGCUAAGCAGAAAAAGAAAAAGGUUAAGAAGCCAAAGCGACGGGUUAAGUUUAAGGAAGCUGUCAAUGAAGAGCCAGAACCACCUAGUUUUAAACGGGUUUCAACACCCAAUGUCAUAGAAGAAGAUCCAGUAAAUACAUUGACAAAGAUUAAGGAAGAAAUAAAGGAGUUCCUGUCAUAUGGAAAUAAGUUUAUGAAUGAUAUUCAUCGAUGUUUGAUGGAAACUGCUGAUGCCGACAUAGCUUCGACCAUGAACCAAUACUCUGAAAUGGAGCAAAAGGUUAUAGGACUGGAGACCUCUCUUGACAUCAUGUUAUACGGAGUCGACCUGGGGAUGUACCUGGUAACCCCGACCCAGGCUCGACCGGAAUACUCUCCUCUACCCUUCGAGAACAAGUUAUACUUCCAAGAGAACUUGUCAAAGUACCUUCGGGAAAAAUAUCCUCAACUUAAUGUCAGCGCCAUGAAGUUGUUCGACCCUGAGUUGGAUCCAGUGAAAUCCCUCCUUCCAGAAACUUCAAUGCCACAAAACCGUAUCUCCACGCUUCCAGGUGCCCAACCUUACCCAGAGUUAACCAACCAACAAAUCGGAUCGUUCAAUAACUUUAUGAUGCCUUUGACUACCACGCCGGAGCCAAUCGCCAGGACAUCUCCAAGGAAAAUUUCCCGGAAGAAAACAAAACCCAUCAAGAGAGAGAUGCCGAUAGGAAAAAUAGAAGAAGUGAUAGCAAAUCUGCGGUUAGGUGCCCUGUCUGCUGGCAAGAAAAAGAAUGAUAUAAUAGCAGAUGAUCGGUCCUUCACUGAGAUAGUUGAUCAAGUUAUGCCCAAGGAGAUAAAAUUAGAGUACCUGAAGUUGAUACAGCCGACGCAUGACACUAUGGGAAAGAAGCAGUACAUAAACAAAGUGAAGCGAGGGGUAAUGAAAGUCAAGGAUUUGUUGGAUCUGAUAAAUCUGAACAGUAAUCAGGGGGUGAUAAAGGGUCUUCCGAGCAACUCACUUGGACAGCCCAGGACUCGACAAACAAAAGUUCAUCAAACGAACCUAGAAGUCGGUGAUAUACUCGGACCUGGCUCUCCUCUCGCAACCACAAAGCAUUAUGCACCUGAGAACAUCCGAUACAAAAACAAAAUGGCACGUCACGACGAACGGGUUCGAGCUUCUCUAGAGGACUAUAACGUUACGUCUGUCGACGAUUUGAAGGGGUCUGGCUCUUUGACAGUUAUGGAAGUUCCACUAACCUCUAAAACUCUGUACUCUAAGAGAUCAAAUGAGAAAAAACAGGAAGGAUCCAAAGUUGAACUGAAUCCAAGUGUUGCUAAAGAAGAAAUGUUCGAUCUAUCGAAAAGUAAUACUAACAUAGACCAAUGGGUGGUUCUUGGUGAACCUGAGAAACGAUCAUUUCUGCCAAUCGUUACGCAGAACUUGAUUCCACAUUUCGAGACAAAGAAAAACCCUCCUAGUGCUCGACAGAACUACUCGAAGAAACUUGCACCAAAUCUUAGCCAUCAUUCAUAUUUGGACAAAAAUGCUCCAAAACUUUCAGAUCUCCUUAACAUUGAAUUCGAGAAGCCAAAACGAUCGGCCAUUGGAAAACUACCAAAAAUUGACGACCACCGUCAGAUUGAUCAAAAUCAAUCCUUUCCAUGACCAUAAAAAGGGCCGGCGGGGGUCUAAAAAACAAAAAAGAAGGGUCAUCUCUAUUUCUUUUAACUGGAUUAUUUCUCGAAACUUUGUUGUAAAAUUUAUUGAUUUAUUGUCAGUCAAGAAUUGCAUUGUAAUCCACAUUAUCAGCAGUUCAAUAAAUGCUGAUUUCGAUAUUUUAAAUCCAUGUGAUCAUCUACAGUUACCGGAUUUUCAACUUGAUUUUAGAUUUUCUUUAUUUUUCAGAGUUGACAGAGAUUGUUUCGGCCGUAAAUUAUAUAUGGGCUCUUUUCGGAAGUUGAUAUUAUCUGAUUUGUGAGUUUUAUAAACUUUCUAAUUUAUUGGAUAGUUGAAUUUUCCAUCGAUUAAAUAUACGGAAGAUAAAUCACUUUACACUGUACUAUCUCGUGACUAAAUUUAAGUUAAAAUUAAA